AUGCCAAGAAUAAUGCGACGUCCCAUUCAACCGGUUGCAAAUGAACCAUCCGAACCCUUCAAGUUCUCCUUCGCUCUCAGUGAAGCUGAUCAAGCUGAUGAACAAAUUACGACUGAUGCCGGUGAAUCAUCGUUGGUGGACGAUUCACAAUCGCAACAAGAGAACUUGACUUCGGAACAAUUACAACAGUUGUUUUCUCGAGCCAGUUCUCAAUUGGUGACACAAUCCGAUGAUAAACAGGAAUUUUUCAAACGGGAUGCAUCAAUUAAAGCACCGAAAACAGGUCAAAUUAUCCAAGCACCAUUUCCGCCACCUGCUGAAGAUCGUAAAGAGUGUGCUGAUAUCGAUCCUGAACAGUUAAAACAAUUAGCUCAACAAGAAGCAGGUCCGCUCAUUAUCGAACGAUAUUCUCCGACUGAAACUGAAAUAAAUUAUCCACUAGCAACAGCUACGAUCACGUUCAACCAACCGAUGAUCGCCGUCUCUACACUGGAUGAAAACACGAAUGUAGAAAAUCUUGGUAUAUCAUUGACACCGAAUGUCGAAGGUCGAUGGCGAUGGACAGGUACGAAAACGGUUCAAUUUGAAGCGAAACAUCGUUUACCAUUUGCAACAAAGUACACAUUACAGGUCAAGAAAGACAAAUGUGUAUCAGCAAUCGGUGGAAAAUUAGCGGAUGAACUCUCAUUCGAAUUUGCUACAACGCCACCAAGCGUUGUUCAAUUCACACCAUAUGGUACAGUCGCAACAUUAAAGCCGACGUGUUGUCUGUUGUUCGAUCAAAAGAUUGACCAAAAUCAGAUCCUGAAACAUUUACGCGUAGUCAGCGAUAACGGAUGUGAAAUAUCAAACAAUGAUUUGGAACUGUUGGAUGAAGCCGCAGGAGAAAAAGCAUUGGAAGGAUUUUUUCGUUCCGAUGAAGGAAUCAAUGGGAGAUCUGUUGCAUUUACAUUCAAAAACGAUCUAUCAAAAGCGACACAAUAUUUCGUUAAAGUACCUGCAGGUUGUCCAUCAGCUGAGGGUCCAUUAAAAAGUACAACAGAAUGGUCAAACAGUUUUCAAACAUAUGAGCCUCUGAAAAUUAUCGGUUGGUAUCCGAAUAAGAACGAACAAUACCAAUCAUCGACUAAUCCUGGUGAUAGCUGGUGGGUAACAUUCAACAACGCAUUGGAUCAUUCGACAAUUAAUAAAUCGAUCUUUAAAGUUGAACCAGAAGUCACUGGCCUAGGUAUUGAACAUAUCGAAUAUAAUAAUCAACAAAUAACUAUACACAAUAAUUCCAAGCCAAAUACUGUUUACACAUUGACCAUUCAACCAGAUGUAUUAAAAGAUAUUCACGGUCAAACAUUAGAGCACGAUUUUGCUGCACAACCUAUUCAGUUUCAUGUACACGAUUCACCACCACCACAAGGUCAUCUGUCAGGUGCUACAGGUAUGAUUAUCAUGGAUCCUGGCGUAUUAGAUGAACCAUUUUAUCCACUUAUGAUUUAUAAUUAUUCGGAAGUAACACUUUGUGUUAAUCGAGUCGAACCAACAGAUUUUCGACAAGAGUUACCGUGUUUCCAACCCUAUUCAUAUGGAAAUGGAAAAAGAAUAGCGAAUAUUCAUUUACCGGGAAAAGAAUUAGUCAAUGAAACGAUACAAACGAAUUGCGAACGUGAUGAACCAAAAGAAAUGAAAAUUCCAUUAAAAUCCUAUCUAGCACAAGAAUCAGGUGUUGGUCAACUAAUAAUUUUGAUUACACCAACACAAAAAGCUUGGAAUGAAUAUCCACAUAAUAAAUGGGAAGAAAAACCGGUCAUAUCGGCUUGGUUACAAUGUACUCGAUUAGCGAUCGAUGUAUUUCAUUCAUCAGCACGUGGUGGCACAAGUGUUCGAUUUACAACGUGGAUAACUGACUUAAUGACUGGUGUGCCUGUUCAACAAGCAACUGUUUCCAUAUCAAAUCAGAAAGGUGAAACAAAUCAACAAGGAUUGUGCACCAUCCUCCAGAAUAUUGCAGAGGAAAACAACCAAGGAAAAAUGUUGAUAGCACGAAAAGGCGAAGAUUUAUGUAUGUUACCCGACAUCUAUUCUUAUGCUUCAAAUGUGAAUACUUAUGUUUGGCACGUAUUCAAUGAUCGAGGUUUAUACAAACCAAAAGAAGAGGUGCAUGUCAAAGGAUACGUUCGAUACUUGGCAGUAAAAGGCGAUGCUAAACUACCAAGUUAUGCACAAGGUGUCAUCGAUUAUACAGUUCAUGAUCCUCGUGGUCAACAACUUCAAGAAUCUAAAGUUGAAUUGAAUAGUUACGGUGCAUUCGAUAUCAAAUUUACUUUGCCUGACAAUGUUAAUUUAGGUGAAGGAUGGGUAACAUUUAAUUUACCAAGUUCACAAACUCAAACAACACAUUCUUUUAAAAUCCAAGAAUUUCGUCGACCAGAAUAUGAAGUUUCAUCAUCGACUCGACCAA